GGCAGCUGUAUGUGCGCCUGCAUCACAAUUGCCACAGGUAAAGACAGCUGCAUUGUCGGAUGUUGCUAACCCCACAGGGGGUUGGGGAGCCUUUGCUGCUGCGGUUGCAAGUUCCCAUCCCAGCGUGGGGUGCACAUUUGUAAUCAUCUCCAAGAAAGCAUCCUGGUGGGAAGGACGAGCAGAGGAUCCCAGCAACCCGACCAACAAAUCACAGGCUGACUGGAAAAAGCACAGGCUUUCAGGGACUGAGGAAAAAGCACCACUCAGAAAGAGAGAAGAGAGAAUCAGUGGGAUAUUUUUAAACAUUCUGUCCUCCUGUUUGUUUUAUUCCUCUUAUCUUUUGCUUUCUGCUCUUUCUGUUUCCAUCAUUUCCAUCCACUCCCUGCCUCUCAUCCUCUUCCUCUCUCAUUUUAUCCCUCUGUGGCGGAAUGUUCCCUUGAAAUAGAUGAGAAGAGGAUUUCUGAGUGCUUGCUGCAGUAUUAACGGACAGUAUACUGAGACAGCAGGGCGCUGAGCGGACAGCUUGGGGAAAUCUGAUCCACAGCCGGCUGGAGAAGGAGCGGGAUCACGCGUCGCAGUUGCAGAUUUAUCCGCCCUGUGAUACCACUGCGCGACAACACCCCUCAUUCUUUUUUUUUUUUUUUCCCUCUCCCUCUCUCUGUCCUCAUCUGAAGUGUUGCUUUUUAACUGGAUCUGGAAAAUUAAUUGGAUUCUACUGCUUUAUUUUUAGCCUCACUGGAAUUUAGAGCACACAUUAAGGAAGCAAAGUGGGUUUGGAUCGAAAGAGUGAUAAAGAAAAUUCUCAAAAAAGGAGAGGCUGAUUGAAAAGCAAUGGCCAACAAAGAUAGCGGAUAAUCCAAGGAGAGUGUUUGACAGACGCAUAAACGACACAUCUCUUUGCUCUCGCUCUCUUUCAGUUACAAAAGAGACAGAUUUUGGGAGCUGAGGGACGCUGACUCGGCUAAAGCUGUUGGAACAGGCUGCAUUGGGAAACAUCUUUUCUUUUUUUUUGCUCCUGCACAGGGUGGGGAAGCAACAAGACCCACCCUGCAAGUUUCAAUGCCCUGAUUAGACAACUGUCCCGUCGUGGAUUGUAUACUGAAGGGACACACAUGCUUGAGAAGUAGAAAUAGCUGUGGCUUUUUGCUGCAGUGCCAUCCACACAGAUGCCAUAGAUUCCUGACAUGCACAGAUGUAAAGCUCGCAACCUCCCAUCUUUCUCUUUGUCCCUCUUUUCCCUGUUAGAAGCAUCACUUCUUCCUCUCCUCUGGCUUGCCCUGCUGUAAACGUUGUUGAAGUUUACUGUUGCUUCCGUUGGACAUCGGGAGUUGGGCAGGACUGAACGCGGACUAAUCGGACGAUUAUCCGUUUACGCAGCUCUUUCAUUUCUCACUUGGUGUCUCUGAGUGUGAGUGUGUGUGCUUGUGUAUUUGUGAUUGUGUGUCUGCAUGUAUCUCCUGAACCCCUCCCCUUCUCUCUAUCCUUGGAUUAUAUAUUUGUAUUGAGUGUUUAAUUCCCGUGGGCUCCUUUUUGUAUCCAUUUCUUUCCCUUUGUCUCUUCUCAAUGUCCGGCAUUGUUGGGAACCUUUCUGUCAUUUGCUACCGAUGCCUAUCACAGGGUUAACCCUCAAUGAGCCAUAAAGGACGGCAGGGAAGAAUGAGUGAGUGUUCUGGGGCAGCUGUUUCCGGGGCGGUGAUCCUGGAAGAACCCGAGGCUUCAGGGGCUUCAGGGGGCCGUGGUGAGGGCCAGGCCCAGGAUCAGGGUCCCCUUCGCUGUGCGGUUUGGCCUCGCCAGCAGACAUGGCUGUGUGUGGUCCCCUUACUUAUCGGUUUCAUUGGCCUUGGAUUGAGCCUGAUGCUGCUGAAAUGGAUUGUUGUUGGUACUGUACGGGAUUAUGUGCCGACCGAUCUGGUGGAUGCUAAUCGAAUAGGCCAGGAUCCCAUCUUCCUGUCAAAGCCAAGUGGGAUUCCCAAAGGUCCCGAUACUACCACCACCACAACUACUCCCACAGUUGAUGGUGGGAACCCCACGCCUAGAACUGUAACUGUUGCAAAAGGUAGAACUCGUUCCACUGCUACUACAACUACUAUAAACCCUAGAGGGGGUGGAGCCUCAGGUAGCCAAGUAACCCCUCGGAAUCCUGUAAAUCGGAACGGACGUGGACCUUCGGGUUUUACUACGACCACUGCAGCGCCGCGGACGACCUUCAUAAUUGGAGCGGCAACAUCUAGCCCCUCACCAUCCAAUCCAACAGUACUUCAUGAUUCUACGCAGAUGUGGACCCCAGAGCAUACUACUACUGAGACGGUCUCCACCACAGUCUCCACGCGUACGCACAGCCACCGCAAAACACCAUCUCCAACUGUCCCUCCGCUACACUCGGAGCAUUUCAAACCCUGUCAUGAGAAGGACCUGGCCUACUGCCUGAACGGCGGCGAAUGCUUUGUCAUCGAGACGCUCAGUGGGCCCCACAAGCACUGCAAGUGUCGAGAAGGCUACCAGGGAAUCCGCUGUGACCAAUUUCUGCCCAAGACAGACUCCAUCCUGUCUGACCCAAAUCACUUGGGCAUCGAGUUUAUGGAGAGCAAAGAGGUGUACAAGAGACAGGUGCUGUCAAUCACAUCCAUCGCCAUGGCAAUCAGUCUCCUGGGAACCCUGUGUAUGGCCCUCUACUGCCGCAACAAGAGGCGCAGAGAGAAACUUCAGGCCCACCUGAAGGAGAGUCGCAGUUUGAAAAACUACACUGCUAAUUCCCAUACUGCCCUGGAUGCCAAGAUAAGGGCCCCCAAUACCAACCUGCAAAUGCAUGAGUACUGCAAACGCUCCUCCCAGUCUCGCCAGGGAAAUGUUUGUGAGUCCAGCUUUGCACAUUGCAACAUCUCUACUACGCCAUCCAGCAGCUCCAGGGGCGCAGCAAAACAUCACAGAAGUGGUUCCUUGUCUCACAUUCCGGAUCAGAGAACCCGGGCAGCCCACUGGACAGGUCCACGCAGGACCCCGCCCAUACCCAGGGGAAGACUAAAUCCAAUUGGAGGAUCGAAGUAUUCAGGCCCCGCCUACCAACACCUUCAAGAAGUAGACUCAUCUGAGAGGGAGGCUGAAGCACAAAGAGGUUGCCAAAUGCAGGGAGAGAACCAAUGUGACGACCCCAGACGAGAUGCCUUCCUACAUAUGCAAUCUCCUGUUUCCAUGGAGACAACGAUGCCACCGCCUUGGAGUGGCCGCAUGGAAAUGCGUUCCGGCCUGUGCGCUCCGCCUCAGCACAGCGAUGCGAAUCCCGUCACCCGCAGCCUGCGCAGGCCUGGACGCCGUCACGGCCACUCCCCGCCUCCUCCGUUCCGCUCCUGCUCUAUCCCCAUCAUCCCCUCUGUCCAGUGUCACCAUGACAACGAGGUGUCUUGUAUGCAAACGUGCAUCACCCCAGCAGCCACAGCGAUGUCAGUUACCUGUGGAGCCAUGCCCUGCAAGGAAGAGCGGAGAGAGAAGCUAGCACGCGCAGCGUUUUCGUCUUCUUCCUGCUCGUCCGCCAUUGGCCAGCAGCAGGAUGAGGUGGCGCUGCUGCUGGAGGAGGCUCAGGAGCAGCUCAGGGCGUUGGCUCACAGGAAGCAGGAAGAGGGUGGGGUCAGCGGUGGGAGCUCGGCAGCCGUGCUGGUGGAAGCCAGAGAAACUUUGGUUUGCUUCCUGAACCUUAACGGAGGAAGCACUGGGGCGUUGAGCUGUAACGGACCCACGCAGACCCAGUUACUCAGCCCCAGCCUAUCACACAGAGACCUGGGCCAAACCAGCCAAUGAAAGGAAAGGAUUUAGGACAUUCACUUUGGUUUGACAGCGUUGGACAGACUCUGGUGUUCUGCAUCUGUGGGACACAAAUGGAAAGGCUGAAUAAAAAAAAAAAAGUAAAAUCAUGGAAACUCUGAAUAUGUGCAGAUGAUAUGCAUACUGUGUGGAUAGAAACAUACAAACACUUGUUGAGUGGCGGCCUUUACACCGACUGACAGUAUGGAAAAAGAGAAAAAAAUAUUUACAUGCAUUUAUUUACAAAACAAGAGAAACACGUCUACUUAGGCAAAAAGAAACCAAAUAGUCUGUCAAAUCCAUGGUGUUUUUAAUUGUAAAAAGAAUAUAUAAAUAUAUAUAUAAAUAUAUAUGGAUAUAAAUAUAUGGAAUUCAAAAAGUGACCAAGUACAAAGUUGAAGAACACAGGAAUGAUGUAACUAUUUUUCUUUUUUUCUUCUCCCUGUUUUGUAUUAACUCUGUCACAUUUUGGUUUUGCUCAAUUGUAACAAGAAACGAACUUCAUUAACGUCCCGCCGCACAUCCACGAGCCGUGAUUCUGUGAGCGUGCACAGAAUCCGAAACGGCAAAACGUGGAAGGAGCCUCCACACAAAUCCCCCCCCCCCCCCCCCUCCUUGCCUUUUGAAAACCUGUCUACCCAGCCAAGAAUUACAGUACAGCCCUCUGUGGUUACCAACAACACUUUGAGGAUUUACGACACAAAACAAAAACUCCCCAGCUGUGUGUGUGUGUGCUGGAGUGCAGCGAGGGAU